ACCGAUGUAAUCGAAAAAUUCCAUGACUUCAUCUCAGUUAGGCAAAGCGCUUUGAUACUGUGAAUCAUCAGAUCCUUCUGUCCACCCUCUCAUACUGGGCAUCACAGGAACUCCACUUCACUGGUUUGAAUCUUACCAGUGCUGUUAAACGUGAACGGACUUCCUUGUCUUGGAUCUAAAGACCAAAAGAAGCGUCUUGUUCUACAAAACAUGCAAAAAGCCAAAGUUAGAAAAGUCAGCACAGAUACCCUCACUUCUAAUUUACCUGAAGAACGAAGAGAACAGCUCUGUACCUCACUGGGGAAUGUGGAACUGUCUCUUCUCUACAAAGCUUCAGUUCAUGGAUAUCAAGCUUCUGCCUUCCAUCAGAGAUGUGACCGCCAGGGUCCCACUUUACUUGUAGCCUACAACAAUUCAGGCUACAUCUUUGGUGGAUACACUAGUGUAGAUUAUGCUCGAAGUGGCCGGGAAAUUACAGACGAGGAAGCUUUCCUGUUCAGUUUUACAAGUGGAACCUCAAGCUACAUCAAAGUUAACAGUGGAUAUAACGCACGUUAUGAUGACGCUAAAUGGCCCAACUUUGGACAGCAGCUGUACUUUUGCUACAACAACCAGCCAGCUGUGAAUUAUCAAGGAGGGAAUGCAUUCAACAUUAAUACCUCAUCAAUGUAUGGCAAUGACACUCAUCUGAGUGAAUGUGAGGUGUAUAAAGUGGAACAGGAGCCUGAAGACAGCGUUGAGGAGAAACCAUGGAGGAAUGUUCUAUGGACACUGGAACGAAGAGCAGAGCUCAUGGAAAUGAUCAGGAACCAUAAACCCCUGAUGACGUCUGUGAGUCGGGUCCGAAUCCUAAUGAUCGGUCCUGUAGGUGCUGGAAAAUCCAGUUUCUUCAACUCCAUCAACUCCAUCUUCACUGGUCAUGUGACUAGUAAAGCCAUGUCAGGAUCCGCAGGCACUAGUCUAACUGUGCAGUUUCGCACAUAUCCAGUGAAUGAUGGUCGUGAGGGAAAGCCGUUGCCAUUUGUGUUGUGUGACACCAUGGGACUCGAGGAGCAAUCAGGUGCAGGACUGGAUAUUGAGGACAUCAGCAGCAUUCUUCAAGGUCACGUACCAGACCGCUAUAAAUUCAACCCCAUGGCACCGUUUCAACCUGAUGAGCAAAAGGCCUCCAGACCUGCAUCUCUUCAGGAGAAGAUCCACUGUGUGGUGUAUGUGAUAGACGCCACCAAAAUCUCCCUCAUGUCUGACAAACUAGAGGAAAAACUUGCUUCCAUACGCAGAAAAGUGAACUCACUGGGCAUCACUCAGAUUGUCUUGAUGACAAAAGUAGAUGAAGCAUGUCCUCUAGUGGAGGAAAAUCUUCAAAGCCUUUAUGUCAGUUCCUACAUCAAGUCGAAGGUGCAGGAGGUGAGCUCUCGGUUGGGUGUGCCGGUGUCUUGUGUGUUACCGGUGAAGAACUACAGUCAGGAGCUGGAGCUGGAGCUCAACUGUGACGUCCUGCUGCUCACCGCUCUACAGCAGAUGCUUCGCUUUGCAGACGACUAUUUUGAUGAUAUUCGUCCUGUGGAGGGCAACACUAAAUAAAUUUUUUUGGGCUCCUGUGACUUUAUGCUCUGUAAGAGGACUAAUAAAGUUUGACUAUUUUGUACAUUUGUUUUGGCAAUAAUGUAAACUAAAUGGAAAUAUAAUCA